AUAAAGCAGAAAAAAAAAAGGAACAUGAAAAACUACUUCACUUCAUACAUGUAAUCAUGAAAAUUCUCAAUUUUGUGUGGAGGAUUACUGAAAGAAUUGUCAAGUACAGUGUCUUAUUUAUGUCCAAGGGAUCAAAUUCGGAAAGCAAAAAAAUGCCAAGACGUCGUCCAUUGUACACUUGUGUAGCUUCAAUCUUUGCAAUUAUCCACAUUGCUUGCAGAAAAACAGAGGACUUUAACGGACCUAUCAGAUCAAUAAUAGAUAAAAUUGCAAUAUGUAUGAGUUAUGUAAUGCCAAUUUUAUACACCAUGCAAUUUCAAUGGCUAUUAGUCGUAUCUUUUAUAGAUAAUUGUAUACUCACUUCAGAAAUUAUGGUAGAAAAGUUAUUUCCACCAGCAUCUAGACUUUUCGAUAAGAUAGAUGAGCUAGCUUAUGCUGCAGAAAGCCUACCUGGAAAAUUUGAUGAUUCCAUGGAAAAGUUGCCAAUAUUUAUUCACCAGAUACCAUUUCUUGAUUGGGCACUGUUCCAUCUUAUAGCGUGGUUGAACUUCUGGAUUUCGCGUUUGACUCAUUGGGGGUCCAGGAAUGCUAGGGAGAAGGAUAUAACAAUUGAUGUAAAUCACAAUGAUCAAUAUCUCCAACAAGAAUCAACAGUUAAAUCGGAUUUGCCUGCUAAACUGUUUAGCCAAUUGCAUAACGCUGAUGCUUCACAUGAACAAAUCAUGGGAAAUGAUAAAUCAGAAUGUGGGGUAGAUGAGAAAAAGAUUACUGGGUCAGAAAUUCAAGCAUUUGUAGAGGCUAUAAGUCCUGCAAGUUCAUCGAGUUGUGAUCCAUUUGAGGACGCGGUUUCAUCACCAAUGUUUGGUUCUCAUGAAGAUGUAAGCAAAACAAUUGAAAUUAGUAUGUCGAAAACCGAUAUUGGAAAGUGUAGCUACAAGGAAAUGCUAGAGAAACGGUCUUAAGAAAGCAAAGAGAGCAUGAUCACAGUUUAGUGAAGACAAAUAUUGAAGAUGAAAGAAGCAUCAUUAAAGGGGACAAUUUUGGCACAAAAAAUGAAUGAAUAUUACAGAAAAAAUCUCAUUUCAGUUUUAGUAGCAUAUACAUGUUUAGGAUUGUAAACAAGAAGAAAUUUAUUGUAAAGCCAAGUAAAUUUUGAAGUAGAAUAGACUUGUGCAUUUGUGUAAUUCAGAUUAAGCAGUUGUCUAACUCUCUCUUGCAUCUUCAAGGGAGAGUUAAUAUUUUCCCGAGUGCAUUACUCAAAUAGUCACUCAAU